AAAAACAAUAUAUGCCAAUAAAAUAUCUUGGGAUGGACAUCACCUGAUUUGUUCGAAUAAUGGAUGAUCCACAAGUGUCAUCUGUAGAUAACUUUUUCAACACAAUUGAUCCUUGUAUGUUCUCGGGACAUGGUCCACGGUCUCGGUACUUACGCAAGAGUGAUAUCCACACACUCCAAUUGAUAUGACAUUUUAUCAAGUGGACCAGAAAAAACUCCCGAGUCGGUCGUUUGUUGACUGAUCUGCUUCUCCCUUUCAUUUUAAUUUUGACUUUGUUGUCCCUCAAACCGGCCCUUCACUUGCGUUUCCUGAAGCACCUUGUUUGGAUACGCUGUUUUAUCAGAGCUGGUUUCCCGUAAUCCGAUCUAACCGUGUAACAAACUAAAACCACGUUUGGGUGGUCCAAUAGAAACAUGGAUAAGCAGAAUUCGGUUUCCACAAAGCCAGGAAAGUGCGUCUAGUGAAAAACGACUAAUACUCGUUUUUAUAGAAACCUGGUUACAUAAAACAGACUUUUUCCCCUCCACGUCUUCCUCAACAAACUUGUUGGCGCCAACUGUGCCUUCCCGCGCAACUAGCACGCGCCCUUUUUUCCAAGCUUCUAUAUAUAUACAGGGAUGCCGGCAUAACAAACAUCAACAAACAGGAUCUGGGUACGUGCUUCUUCCAUGGCUGGCCGCCGAUAACGGCUGUGAUCAUCGAUAUUCUGGCCAUCGACGCUAGGCUGAGAUCUCCAAUCAGACGCCGCUGACCCUGCUGGGACAACAAGAGCUACCUCCUCGACUUGUUUGCAGCAAGAAAUCAACCUUCAUGAGCCUACAGGGAAACCAUGGAAGAUAUGGCAGAUGGAGACUAUUCUGAUUCUGAGCAAAUGAUUAUUAAUGACCUUUCUGCAAUGUCACUUUUGCAACAUGUGCUGUUCGGAAGGCUAUUCAAAACACCACGUAAUACCUCUAAAUUAACUGGUGCGCAAAAGACUAGAGAGUGGUUGGAAGGACAUCCAGUUAGAUUUUAUGAACAACUUCGUGUUGAUAAGCACACCUUCUACUUAUUGCGAGAUGCAUUGUGCGAGAGGAAUUUACUUACAGAUACAAAACGGAUGGACGUCAAUGAACAACUAGUCAUAUUUCUACAUACAAUUGGUCACAAUGUUAGGAACCGUGUUAUCCAGGAUAGAUUUCAACAUUCAGGAGAAACAAUAAGUCGGCAUUUCAAGAGAGUAUUAAAAGCCAUUAAUGGCUUACGUGAUGUUUACAUAACAGAUCCGUCCAAUGAAGUUCCCAACGAAAUAUUGGGCGACUCAAGGUUUUACCCAUACUUCAAGAACUGUAUGGGAGCAAUUGAUGGGACACAUAUUAAUGCAAAAAUCAAGCUUGAUAAACAAACUCCUUACAGAAAUAGGCAUGGUUAUCCCUCUCAAAAUGUAAUGGCAGUAGUGUCAUUUGACAUGACAUUUUCAUAUGUGGCUGCUGGAUGGGAAGGUUCCGCAUCGGAUCAAGCCGUAUUAAGGUGGGCUGUUACUGAUGGUGGGUUUGUUGUCCCAAAAGGUAAGUUUUAUCUCGUGGACUCGGGCUAUGCAAAUACUCCAAGAUUUAUUGCCCCCUAUCGUGGAGAUCGCUAUCACAUUGGUUCUUUUCGUGGAACUAAACGUCGAUAUAGUAGUGAGAAAGAUUUGUUCAAUCAUCGUCACGCACAACUACGGAAUGUUGUAGAACAUACUUUUGGCGUUCUAAAAGCUCGAUUUCCAAUAUUAACAAGGAAUGGAGGAAUCCCUUAUCCUUACAAAAAACAGGUCCAAAUUGUUAGGCUUGUUGCAUCAUCCAUAACUUCAUAAGGAAGGUUGAUAGGAAUGAUGAGUUGUUUGAGCUUUAUGAACAAGAGGGAACACAAGGAGAUGUUGACACCGGUGACCAAGAAGUUCGAGGGCAAGCAAACUUACAAGAAGAUGAUCGAGUUGCCGGUGAAAGA